GAAAAAGAAUAAGAACUGGUCAAAUAAACUGAAAUCCAUUCGUUUUUGAACAAUUAGUUUAUAUCUUUGUAAGAUUUAAUCCAUAUGAAAAGAAACAUAAAAAAAAACAAAAAACUAAUAAUAGAUAUUUCAGGAACUAAAUAUGAUAUAAUAAAGGAAAUAGGCACUACCUUAUUCUAAUGGAAUACAUAAUAAAAUAAAAAUAGUUCAGAAUGGAAUAUAAGUUGGCAAGACUAUUAUAUCAGUGAAGAUAUUUUGAGAAAAAUGCUUCCUUUUUAAAAAAUAAACCAUUUUCCUGGUUCAUAUAAUUUAGGUAAAAAAAAUUAUUUAGGAAAGAAUCUUUAGAAAAUGAGACAGAAAUACCCCCUAGAUUAUGAUUUUUUUCCCAAAACAUGGCUUUUACCUUACUAAUAUGAAGAAUUAAGACAAUACUGUGAAAAAGAAAAGCAAAAAAAGUAAAAAAAGCCAGUUUUAAUAGUAAAACCAGAAGCUAGUUCAUAAGGCAAAGGUAUAUAUAUAGUAAAGAAUAUGCAAAAAAUAAAAAAUGACUAACAUGUAGUAGUUCAAGAAUAUAUAAAAAAACCAUAUUUAAUAGACGGUUUAAAAUUCGACUUUAGACUAUAUGUGUUAGUGAGAAGUGUUUGUCCAUUAAAAAUAUUUCUUUAUAGGGAAGGUUUAGCACGUUUUGGAACAAUAAAAUAUGUAAAGCCUAAAAAAGGGAAUUUGAAAAACAUGUGUAUGCAUCUGACAAAUUAUGCAAUAAAUAAACUUAAUGAGGAUUUUUAAUUUAACUAAGAUAUUAAUUAGGAAGAUUAAGGACAUAAAAGAAGUUUUUCAUCUGUUUUGAAGUAUUUAAAUGAAAAAGGUGAAGAUUAUAACAAGGUUAUAUUAUAAAUAAAGUAGAUUGUUAAUAAAACAAUGUGCAGUGUUUAACCUUAUUUAAGUCAUUUGUAUAAAAGUUCUUAAUUAAAAACUGAAAAUAAUCAAAUGUGCUUUGAAAUAUUUGGAUUUGAUAUACUACUUGAUUCUAAUUUGAAACCUUUUUUACUUGAAGUUAAUCAUACUCCUAGUUUUUCAACUGAUACUCCUUUAGAUUAUAAUAUAAAAAAAUACUUGAUUUUAGAUACUUUGAUUUUAGUUAAUAUAAGAAAUAAAGAUAAAAAAUU